AUGCUGUUACGUUUCACAUUAUUGACAACACUUUGCUUUUGUGCCGCUCAAGCGGUGCUUAGUGGCAAAGAUUUAAAACGACGCGAAGCGGGUUUCGAUACCUAUGGACCCCCACCACGACCAGCCCCACAAUAUGGACCGCCACCACAGCAGCAGCAACAGCAUAUACCCCAUCGUGAAUAUGGUGUGCCACAGCAGAUUCCAUUCCGGGAAUACGGUCCACCCGCACUGAAGUACGGACCACCAAAGCUUAACUUUUUGGGAGGUGGCGGCGGCGGCGGUGGUUCCAGUUCCUCGUCGUUGCAUGAACAAAUCAAGACACACUUCGGUGUGCCAAAGCCAUUCUAUGGACCUCCUCAUAUUCAGCAUAAGCCUGCUCCUCAGUAUGGACCACCACCACCGAAACCACAGUACGGACCACCACCACCACAGUAUGGACCACCACCUCCACAGCCAGCUCCACAGUAUGGACCGCCACCACAGCCAGCUCCCCAGUAUGGACCACCACCGCCAUUGAAGUUGCAACAUCGUCCAGCUCCUCAGUACGGACCACCAAAACCACAGUACGGGCCACCACCACCACCACCGCAACCACUGCCGUUGCCCCAUUCCGCCCCAUUGUUCAAGCCAGCUCAUCAACCGGCUACAUCCUAUGGACCACCCGCUUCGGGACCCCUUAAUUUGCCACCUAAGCCAUUGUACGAUGCACCACCACCCAAUUAUGGACCACCACCACUGCCAAUCAGUUUGCCUGGACCACAACCGGCUACCUUUAACCGUGUGCCCGAGACCACCAUUAUUCUGAGUGGCCACGGACCCAGCGGUCCUGGACCCCUUAUCGGAGGACCUGGUCACGGCCCCGUCAAGCAAGUUCAAAUCCAAAUUGAUGCCUCUGGCCACACCCACAGUGUGAGUGGGUCACAGGCGCCCUUCCACACGGCGUGUGACGGCUGGAAACCCAUUCCGGCUCCAGUUGGCGCCUACGUUGAACAAAACCACAUUGAGACGCAGGGUGGCUACAGCAACGUGGCUCAGGCCCAGGCUCAGGGGUACAGUGGGUCAGGUGGCAGCAUUGUCGAUGGCCUCACCGACGAACAAUUGGUUGCAGUGGCUCUACAGGGCGGAGCUGGUGCUGAUAAUGUGCAUGUUCUAACUGGUGGUGGAUCUGGACCUGGACCAUCUGGCCCAUCUCUCGAUGCACACAUUAACUCCAUUGAAUCGGAAGCGCUUCAGGUUUCUCUUGGGUCAAUUGAUGACUCCUAUACCAAGCCACCGUCAGAUUCUUAUGCUCCCGGCUCGGUGCACGCUCAAAAGUACCAGACUAUCGGACACUCUUUGCCACCGCCACCACCCAGUGGUAACUAUGGACCACCACCACCACCCAGCGGCAACUAUGGACCACCACCACCCCCCAGUGGCAACUAUGGACCACCACCACCACAACCCAUUGGCAAAUAUGGCCCACCACCCAGUGGUAACUAUGGACCACCACCACCGCAAUUUGCUGCCCUCACAGGAGGCAGUCCCAAUGGUCAAUACGGUCCACCACCAUCAGGUAACCCACAGUCAAUUGUGCAACACGGAGGCGUGCAGCCAAACAAACCUGUAGCCUACCGUCCCCCGGUACCUGUUGGCCUGAUUGAGUCCAUCGGAGCCACUGUCCAGCACUUGGAUCAGUUCGGAGUUAAGCCACCACAGCAAGCACCCACUUACAUACCGCCAGCUGCCCAUGAGAUUGCUCUAAGUGGACCACCUGCACCACCGGUGCCAGCUCCACAGGCUUUGUAUCAGCCACCACCGCCAGUAUCGCAAGGUCCUCAGGUAAUUCUGCAGCAGCAAUUGCCACAACCUCAGCCAGGACCAGCUUUCAUUCACCAUGCGAAGCCACAGCAGUUCGGACCACCCCCACCACCACCACCACAACCACAGCCUCAAUACUUGCCUCCACCACCACCACCACAAUCUGCGAUAGCACGUCCCACUCAGCAGUACUUGCCACCCCCUCAGGCAGUCUUCUUCCAGCAGCAGCAGCAGCAACAGCAGCAGCAGCAUCAUCACUCGGAGAAUAGCUACAGUGCCUCCCAGUACAACCAACAGUUUGUCCACUCUCAGGGUCUGCCUUUGUCCCAGCAAGCUCCACGAUUCAAUCAGUUGCCACAGCAGUUACCCCAACAACCGUUGGUGGUGCACGAUUGCGGACAUGGACCCAAUCUAGUGAGCAGCAAUGGCUAUCAAGUGGAGCAGCAGCAGCAGCAGCAGCAACAGCAUUUCGGCAGCAUAUCAGCUGCUUCCUCUGGUGCUUACAAUGCCAUCUCGCAGAGCAUUCCCGUGGCCGAGCAGCAUACACAAUUCUUAGCUGAUAGCUAUGGACCACCCGCCUCUGGUAAUGACAUCGAUUUCGACCACACCGGCUAUGCCUCUCAGAAGAAUGCAGUCGCUGCCUUGCCCGAUGGCACGGAUCCUCAGCAAUUGCCCGGUCUCGAUGGCCUCAAUGUGAUCUCGGCCCAGAAAUCUCAGAGCAUACAGUUGGGCGAUGGCGCUGCCGCUCCAUCCCAGAACUUCCAAGUACAGUUUGGUGGCUCAUUGAAUAAUCCACAAAAUGGAGCAGCCACAGCGCACGGUGAUCAGUCGGCCAAUCACGAGGAGAUUCUCUCACAGGGUCUUCUCCAGUCCAUUUUGACGGCCAUUGAGCAGCAGCCACAGCAACAGCCGGGCCAGUCCCUUCCUCAGAACCACAAGGCCCAAAGCCGUUCCGAUGAUGAGCACGAAGAGCAUGAUGACCAGGUGGAUUCCCUGGAUGAUGAAGAUGAGCAUGAUCAUGCGAACAGUGCCUCGAAUCGCGUGGAGGUGCGUGUCCUGCCACCGAGCGACGCCCAGGAGGAGGAGACCCCUGCGGAGGUCAAGGAAAUCGAGCCAAUUGUGGCCGCCGAUGUCGGGGAGGAGGAGAAUGCCAAGCAUUAGGCACUAAGUCAUUAGUUAUCAUUCGAAAUCCUCAUUUAGCUGCUUUAUUCGUAUUUAUUGCUGCCUCAUCACACACACACACACACACACAUACACAUACUUAUCAUCGAGUUUCUUUCUCUUCUAUUCUUCUA